UUUUGGUUAGACCAAUUUUUAUUAAUUCCUUUGUCCUUUUUAUGUUUGUCCAUUUCAUCUCCCCAUUUUCCUGCUUCUUCUUCUUCUACUUCUGAUAACGUGACGUACUUAUUCAACAAACCCAAUUCCCAGCAGUUAUGUAUCAUUAAUUCCUCACCUGAUCCGGUGGCUAAAAAUACGUUUCUCCAGGCAAUCAUAUACUUUCAUUUUUGUCCUCUUUGUCAUUAAAAGGUCUUCACUUCUAAGCAAAUAAAAGUCCCAACAAAAAAAGGAGAAAAAGUUGCCAGUUGCAAUCUUUUCUACUCAUAAAUAACAAUCACAAGUUUUGUCGUGUUGUUUGUGGAUAGAUGUUUUAAACCCAUUUUGUUGCAUAGAUUGUAGGCAAAAAAGUAGCCAUGGAUAAGCCUAAGACAACAAGUUUAAUCUUAUGCUGUAUUGCUUGCUUCUUGUUUAGCUUUGUACUUAUCACUCACUCAGCUCCUCAAGAUGCACUUGUUAUUGAAAUUCCUGGUUUCUCUGGUGCUCUUCCUUCUAAACACUAUUCUGGGUAUGUAACUAUUGAUGAAAGUCAUGGCAAGAAAUUGUUUUACUACUUUGUUGAAUCUGAAGGGAACCCAUCACAAGAUCCUGUUGUCCUUUGGCUUAAUGGUGGACCUGGAUGCUCUAGCUUUGAUGGUUUUGUAUAUGAGCAUGGUCCUUUCAAUUUUGAAGCAGCAAAUGCAUCAGCAGAUCUGCCCAAACUGCAUCUUAAUCCAUACAGUUGGUCCAAGGUUUCCAACAUCUUAUAUUUAGAUUCCCCUGCUGGUGUUGGGCUGUCUUAUUCUAAAAAUACAACCGAUUACAUAACUGGUGAUAUAAAGACUGCCUUGGAUUCACAUACAUUUCUCCUCAAGUGGUUUGAGCUAUACCCAGAGUUUCUCUCCAACCCAUUUUUCAUUGCUGGGGAGUCAUAUGCUGGAGUCUAUGUGCCAACCCUUGCUUAUGAAGUAAUGAAAGGAAUUGAUGCUAGUGUAAAGCCUAUCCUUAAUCUCAAGGGAUAUUUGGUGGGAAAUGGAGUUACAGAUGAACUGUUUGAUGGCAAUGCCCUUGUACCAUUUGCACAUGGAAUGGGCCUGAUCUCAGAUGAUCUCUAUGAGGAGGUAAAGGAUGCAUGCAGCGACAACUUCUACAAUCCACUUAGUGACACUUGUGAGACCAAGCUUGACAAGGUCGAUGAGGAUAUUGAAGGUUUAAACAUAUACGACAUUCUAGAACCCUGCUAUCAUGGAACCGAUCCAAGUGAGGUUAAAGACAUUAAAAUAAGGUUACCUUCCAGCUUUCGGCAAUUAGGUAAGACCGAUAGGCCUCUUCCUGUGAGAAAAAGGAUGUUUGGUCGUGCCUGGCCACUUAGAGCUCCUGUUAGAGAUGGUAUUGUUCCAACUUGGCCGCAACUCCUUAAUAGUGAAAGUGUCCCAUGCACUGAUGAUGAAGUUGCCACCUUAUGGCUGAAUAAUGCAGCAGUUAGGAAAGCAAUACACGCUGAUGAGGAAAGCAUAGCUGGUACUUGGGAGUUAUGUACAGAUAGGAUUUUCUUUAGCCAUGAUGCUGGAAGCAUGAUCAAGUACCACAGGAACCUUACUAUGAGGGGAUUUCGAGCACUCAUAUUCAGUGGUGAUCAUGAUAUGUGUGUUCCAUACACUGGUAGUCAAGCAUGGACAAGAUCAAUGGGGUAUAAAAUUGUGGAUGAAUGGAGGCCAUGGAUUUCGAAAGGACAAGUUGCUGGGUAUACACAAGGGUAUGAGAACAACCUCACUUUUUUAACCAUAAAGGGGGCUGGACAUACUGUUCCAGAAUACAAACCACAGGAGGCGUUUGAUUUUUACAGUCGAUUCCUUGCUGGAAAACGAAUAUAAAAGGAAAAAUAUGUAACAUGAAAGAACUAUAUCAGACACGACUCUGAUUAUUUACGUGUUAAAACAUAAGAAGAUGACUCUUGCUUAA